GCGCGCCCUGCUCUCGCCGAGCCGGCGCGGGCCGAAGGUCCCAGCGGCCGCUACCCGGCGCUGCCCCGCGCGCAGAUGGCGCACUCGGCGGCCGCCGUGCCGCUGGGCGCGCUGGAGCAGGGCUGCCCCAUCCGCGUGGAGCACGACCGCCGACGCCGCCAGUUCACCGUCCGGCUCAACGGAUGUCAUGACCGGGCCGUCCUGCUCUACGAGUAUGUGGGCAAGCGGAUCGUGGACCUGCAGCACACCGAGGUCCCCGACGCCUACCGUGGGCGUGGCAUCGCCAAGCACCUGGCUAAGGCUGCUCUGGACUUUGUAGUGGAGGAGGACCUGAAGGCACAUCUCACGUGCUGGUACAUUCAGAAGUACGUCAAGGAGAACCCCCUGCCGCAGUACCUGGAGCGCCUCCAGCCAUAGCCCCGGCCCCGCGGGGCAGGACCCUCCAUGCCGGACCUCUCCUCACGGCCUUCACCCCGGCCCUCUGUGUGCUCUCAGGAAAACUGCUCCCCACCGGGGAUGGACUCAGAGUUAUUUUUGUAAGGACGCUCCUCGGUGGCCCCCAGAGGCUGCCGGCCGAUGACGGGCAGUGGUCCAGCUACCGCGGUGAAGGGGAAGCCGGGCAGCCGAGGUCCCGGAGGACCCCACUCCACACACACUGGCUGGCUCCUCACGGGGCCACCCCCACCUUUCGUGGGCAGGCCAGCGGGGGCCAGCAGCCAGGACCAGAGGGUGGCCAGGGCUGUCCCUGUGGCCGGUCUGGGUCCCGCCUGCUGUUCCCUGCUCUGUGAUCGGCAGGGGGGCUGGUUUGGGGCCCCCUCUGCCACCACCUAGGGCUGUGUCCUUUGUGCGGCGAGGAGGGGAUUGCCUGAGUGGACAGGAGCAAUAAGAAACCUCGCGUGCCAACUUCCCAGGGGCUGCCACCAGCCCCUUCCCUUCCCCCAGCUCCUGCACCCCGGCACUGGGGGGUGGGCCCAAGUGAGGGGCAACCCUCCUUCAGGGGCAAAGCCUGGAAUGCGUGGACUGCUCACCCCCGCGGCCCGACCGUGCAUACACGAGCACAUGUGCGCGCACACAUGCACAUGCACGGGACACUGUGCAGGUCUAUGCAUCAGUGCAGGGGCUGGUGGAGGGAGCACUGGGUGUUCUCUCCUCGGUACCUGUUCCCUUAAUUCCUUGCCCCCUCGUCUGUCAGCUGUGCAGGAAGUCAAGGUCCCCAUGCCCUGUGGCCGCCAUCCCUUUUUGCCCCGUCUGCCUGGAGCCAGCCCCAGGCACGACCAGAGCACCAAGCCCUGGGACACCCCUCUUUUACCGGCCUCUUGGUCCCCCGCGGGUGCGCUUUCUCACAGAGGUCCCUUUGGAGCUCAGGUGGGAGGGAGGCACACUGUCCUCACAAAACCGUCCUCACCGCCAAGGGGAAGAAACAGUAAUGUGGUGGGAUUUCCUUUGUGGACAUCGGACAUCGGAGCACCUUUCUCUCUCGUGGCUAGCUUGUGGUCCGACAUGUCCUGUUGCCUGACUGGGAUCCCAGGGUCCCUCCCAGACAGCAGUCCUGGCCAUGGCCUGGGAGGUGCACACCAACACCCCUCCUUCCGCGGGCUUUGUGACCUGGGGAGGGCUCAGGGUCCUGACCUCCCGUGCCCUCCUUCCAAUCCAUGCCUGCCUCUCUGUGGGGCUGGAGGGUGACCCUGGAGUCAGAGUCCCUUAGGGGCUGAGACAUUGGUUCACAGCAUAUCCCCAGGGGUACCGUGUCCCCUCCAGGCCUCUGGCUGGGGGUGGGCUUGGGGAAGUGUGUGUGCUGGGGGAAACUGGUUGCCACGGGGACCCCUCCCUUUCUCACUGUGUUCACCUCUUCGCUCCCAAUCUCUGCACCGAGCUCCCCAUGACCGCUGCAGCUCGGCAGCCCCUGGUCGACAUUUGCACAGAGCCCUUCCCACCCAGUGGCAGGAACAGCUGGAUCAGGCUGUGCCUGCAGCCCACCCGUGAGGGGUCCCUGAGCCCUGGAGGGGCAAUAUCCUCAGCACCCUCACGGCCUCCUGUAUGCUCGCUCCCAGCCCCAAUCUGGCCUCUAAGAAUUCCCAUCCGCAAGGGCUGAAGGCACGCCUCGCCUUGCCCACCAUGCUCCUCAGUUCUGUUUGCAACAGGGCUACAGUGAGGAGCCACAAGUGCCCCUGGGCCUCUGCCGGCAGCCAGGAAGAACUCUGGGACUCAGUUGCUGAGCCCCCUCCAAAAGGCUGGGGGUGUCCCAUCCCUGGAGCAGCUCAAGGAAAGAGUGGGUUGUAGGCCCAAGAGUGGCCCCGGGCCUUCUCCCCCUGACUCCUGGGGCAGGGGGCUUAUGGGGCCCCUCCCCCUCCCUCUCCCCAUCUACACAAGCCUUCCCAAGGCCAAACAUAGACUCAGUCAUGAAAACUGCCCAGUAGCCGAGAAAACUGGUGCUUUUUCCUUCCGUGGCCUAUAGGGUGACACAAACCAGCUCCGGGAGGGCACUUGGCCCUAGGGCGCUCCUGGUCAGGCCCCAGGAGGGUGCCCCACAGCAUAGCACACGGGACCCCAGGGAGGCCCCUAGGGCAAGCAGGGCCAACCAGAGCAGACAGCCAGCUGGCAUCAAGAAAGCAGCCCUGGUCCAGUCCUCCUCGGGUCCCAGCCGGCACCUGUGUUCUUAACCACAGGUGACAUGCCACACCUGGCCAGCAUGCACACAAAACAGUACUUGAACCAGGAGACAUGCAGGGUUUUGGGGGACCUGGCUCAGCCCUGGGUCCGGGAACAGCUUGUCCCCAGUUCCUGCAAGAGCCACCUGGAGCCUCCUCACCUCUGGCUGCCUUAAGUCCCGCCGCCCCCCCCGCAGUGGCCUGCCUGGCCCCAGUGUUCAGCAGAGCCUACUCUCCAAGGCUGGGACCUGGUCUGCAGCAGACACAGACCCUAGGGCCCCCAGCCCACCUCCACCAGCCUGUACCGCCCCCCUUCCCCCCCCCCCCAGCCCCCCGGUGCUACUCCGUGGCGCUCCCACCUCGCCCGCACCCAUCCCGGGUGCUCCAGGAGCCCUUCCUCGGCAGGCAGGUCACGUAGGCCGCUUCCACCCGCAGGGGCGGGGGGACGCGUGGGGAUGCCACCCGGCCCCCCUGCAAACAGAUUACCCCACGGGCCCUGCGCGCUCCUGCCGUGUCUUGCUUGGGGACUUUCUCUUGCCCAGUCAAGCCAGGUGGUAAGUCAUGUGCCUUUUCUACUCAGGACCUGUUCCAGGUGGUGUCUGGGCCGAGGCCGGUCUCCACACCUGCUCCCUCUGUUAUUUUUCAAACUCUUGAACAGAUUGCAUGGCAUACAUUUCAAUAAAAGAUGUGACCUAG